AUGUCAUUAUCAACCCUACACGAAGAGUCAAUUCGUAAAGGUCUUUUGAGAAUCAAUAGUUUGGGACUUCCUCAUUGGUCUUUGACGGUCUUGGACACGGUACCUCCAUCUCAUGUUUUGGAAGUCCACUACAAGUUGAAGAAUUUCAAAAAGACUUGGGAAUUCUUGAACUUGAUUGCCAAACAAGCAGACUUGAAGAAACACCACCCAAAGAUUACGACAGUGUAUAACAAAAUUGACAUUGAGUUGACAACUCACGAUGUAGGAAAUAAUAUAACUGAGGCUGACAUUGGACUCGCAGAAGCUAUACACCAGGAAUUCCACAAGAUACAGAGCACUCAAGGCGAAAACAAAUAA